AUCGCGAAAGCCGACCUACCGAGAUCACGACCUUUUUCGUCCUCUCUGACAGAUCCGUGAAUUGCAUCUAAUUACCCGACCAUGGUCUGCCGAGCCUGUCUGCGAGCCCGGGGUGCCGGGAGUGUCUUCCCCUCCGAAGCUCUUCUCGCGCCAGGGUUAAUACGGACGGCGCAAAGACGGUCGCUCUCAACGGCCGCCCCGGGUCUGCAGUUGGCAACCGUGGCCCCUCGCGUCUCUCGGGCUCAGCUUCACCAACAGCGGCCCCAACGCCAGCUCUUCUCCACGUCCGCCCCCACUGCUUCCGCCGCGACGGAACCACAAGAACCUGCGGCCGCUUCUCCUGCCGCCCCAGAAAAGCCGACAUAUCUCUCCGAAGGCGAAUCCCAGAUCUGGGACAUACUGCUGGCUGAGUUUGCGCCCACGCAGCUCGUGGUACAAGACAUCUCCGGAGGCUGCGGGUCCAUGUAUGGCAUCGAGGUCAGCUCGGAGAAGUUUCGCGGCUUGAACAUGCUCAAGCAGCAGCGCCUCGUCAAUGCGGCGCUGGGGGACCUGAUGAAGGAGUGGCAUGGUGUUCAGCUGAAGACGAGGGUGCCGUAAGAGAGAGACAACUUCAUGCCCCCAGGUUUCUUCAACAUCGGGAAGGCGUAUGGCGUUGAUAGAAGGACCAUAAUCUGUUCACCGUGAACAGUCGGAAUUGGUGAUGUUUGUUUUAUCACUGGGAGCGAUUCUCGCAAGGAGACGACACACGACACGCUCCUCGAACUUCAGUCUCAACUCCAGGUUACUCCACUCCGAUCAACAUACACAGUAUUUGGCGGUUCCGUCGCCCUCUUUCGCCGUGCUUGGGAACCUCAUAGGCAUGCUCCCCGUGCGUCGCAGCAUGUUUGUUAGCCUGUGUGACGCCACCGCGAGCUUUGUCCUUUUAUUUC